CAAAAAAUAACCCCUCUCGAUCCCGAAUAAUCGCGAAAGCUCGGGCUGCGAACGGUGCCAACCCCGAGAGAGCGACCCCAGACUUUACGGGGGGUGCCAUUGACGAGCAAAAGCUUGAAUUUUCCUCCAGAAACGGCUACCGACGACGGGCCAGCAGCUGCAGCGGGACAAGGGAAGGAAAAGGCCCGCCGCGUGCACCCAUUCUCAGCACCAUCGACAGUAGCGUCCCGGACCAAGGGGGGGGCUGAAGUGUAAGGAAGUGGCCCGGAGUGAACUGAUCGGAAGAUCGCAGGAAAGAAGGGCAAACAGACAGGCAGACGCACAUACACGUACACCCAUACACACACGUACACGCUGGGAGAGUGGUAAGGAAAAAUUGGGCGAAAAGCCGACCGGGCCCAAGUGAUCCGUACGCAGGAGGGCCUUCACGAAGGGGAGGGGGAGUUUGCCACCCUUCCGUCGCCACAUAGUCACCACGGCGAUCGGGAGUGACAACACCAGACGUUGUGUUUUUCUUUCCGAACGCGUAGCAGUGGCAAACCAUUCACUUCACGUGUGUGUGAGUAAGUGUGACUGUGGCUGUGUAUGUGUGUGCGGCAACAAUGAACUAGUGGAAUCGGGCCAAAGGAGAGAGAGAGAGAAGCAAAAAGUGCCGCAACGUCAAAACCACCUGCUUUUCCACUAAAUCCCCUAGCACCACCCACCCAACCCUCGCCCUCGCGGUUUGGGUGGCCGCUGGACUGGGUCGUCGGCUGCCAGCACAGUGUGUCUGUGUCUGUGUGCGUGCGUGGAGCUGUGUGGAGCUCCCGAACGACAAACCGAGUCAAGGAUUUUCCAGCGCUCAGCGUUUUCCGCCACGAGAAAGCAUCCCAAAACCAGCUGUGGCUACGAUUCGGAGGCUUCCCUGCAGCCCAUUUUUGUCUUUGGUGUGUGGCCAAAUGAUCACGCUCCCCUGCGAGGGACGGAGAAAGAUACGGCGAAGCCCAGACGCACCAGAGGCUGAUGUGGAAAAGCGGAAAUUUGCCACCAACGUGAUAAAAAACGAAACGGCCUAAAAAAGAAAAAAAGCCUAACAUCAUCUAUUGCACAGCAACGCACACAUACUCGCCAAAGAAGAAACACAACAAAAAGAGCACACAUCAGAAAGAAAAACAGUUUCAGCAGUGUGUGUAUGUGUGUGUGGGGGGUCUAAAAAGGCCCCAAAGAUAAUUGGACAUGGCCAACAGUGCGAACCACUGGACCGUGUAGUGCACAGCAGUUUGUGAUUGUGUGACAGUGUGUGUGUGUGUGUUGGUAGUGGUUGUUUUUGUUAGUGCAACAGCAGCCGAGGCAGCGAGCGGGUAACGCGGGGAACAAUCAAGGUGACAAAAAUUCGCAAUCAAACACUCGCAGCCGCUGGGCGGCGAGCUAACCAAACCCGGUCCCACUCCAAUCAGUCCAGCGGGGCGACCGCGUGCAGGCGUGCGCAGGGCGGUGCUACCUUUACGAUGCGGUCCGCCGGAGUCCGACGUCUCGCUAGUUGCCGGGUGAACCGUCCGCAACAUGCCCGUACCGGCCACUAGGGGCCCCGCGUCGGUACCACCAUGUCCGAUAACGAGCACGAAGGGGCGGCCGCGCCCCUGGAGCCAGCGCUCGACUCCGAGCCCUACGCGACGGUUCCGCUCGUGCCGCCGGCCGAUUCUUCCAUCGCGACUAUCGUCCUGUCGGGCCGCCUGGAAGGCACUCUGGACGCGACAGCGGUGGUCGGGACGCCGCCGACGACGACGGUGGCGGCCGAGUCGCUGGGAGCGUUUGUGCAGCCCCUGCCCGCCUCGACGCCGCACCGGUUGCAGCUGUUCCGCUAUCCGAACGCGUUCGCACGCCCGCCGCACCAGCAGCCCCACCACCAGCAUCAUCAUCCUCAGCACCAUCACCACCACCUGCCCGCCACAAUCAACAAGCACGAGCCGAAACGGGCCUGCACAUCGCUGCCGCUUUACCUCAGCAAGGUGAGUGUACUGGACGUAUUCGAGGUGCUGGAAGACGACCGCUCGCGGAGUGACCUGUGCUCACUUGUUCCGCGACCUGGUAUGGAGUAUGUGCCAUUGAGGACUCCAGCUGCCGAGACGUACCACUAUCAUCACGUCACCGAUCAAACAAAGUCACUACAGGAUUUGCAGAAUGAAGUCGCCGCUCUACUGGAGUUCCGUGAUCUGGUUAUUGAAACCUUUCCCGAUCUUAAAUCGAAGAUGGCUUCCUCAGCGGCGAACAGUACCCUUACCGGUCUACCAUCGACCUCAUCCCUGGGGAGUCGACGUGAGUGGGAGCCGGGAAUACGGAUCCGGCGCAAACUAACGCCGAAGGAGGUGAGCUGCACGGAUGUCGGUGGCACGGGCGGCAGCAGCAGUAGUAUAGGCGGGAGCGGUGCCAACACCAGUACCGCGAUCAUUCCGGGCACUGGGGGCGAUGGGGGCGGUCCGUCGGCGGGCAGCGCUAGUGCUGCCGGCCCGGCAACGGCCACCACCGGAGCCGGUGCAACGAACGUGUCCGACCUGGGCCAUCAUCAUCACCACCACCAGCAUCAACAGCAGCAGCAGCAACAGCAGCAGCAGCAGCAGCAGCAGCAGCAGCAGCAGCAGCAGCAACAUUCGUCGUCCUCGCUGAUUCGCAGCCGAAGCAACUCCCAUAGCGGUAAGAAGGAACCAAAGAGCGGUGAAGGCAACAACGGCAGUGUGAUACAGGAUUCGGGCUUCUCGAACGAGACGUCCUCCUCGAAGGAGACGCACAGUGCGGCCUCCUCGACGAGCGGUGCCGUGCAGGGAACGCUCAUCCUGCCCACGGCAACCAACCGGCUGGCGGCGGAAACUGGCGGCGAGCUGUGGAAUCUGCUCGAUGUGAUACAUAGGAAGAGCAGCCGGCUCCGGGAGGAGGUCGAGCUGCGCCUGGAGCGGGAGCGACCUAGGGGAACAACCAAUUUAGCUAUUAGUAAUCAUCAUGCAUCGGCGCUGCAUCACCACCGCCACCAUCAUCAACUUCAUCACCAUCUGGCGCAGGGGGGUAGCGUCGCUGGCGCCGCCGCCGCCGCCUCCACUGCUGUGGUGGGUGGACCGGAUGACAACAACAUCAUCAUACACCACAGCAAUCCGGCCGCUGGUGCGUCGAGUGGGACGACGCUGGUGCCGGUAACGUCGUCCAGCAGCAGCAGUAGCAGCAGCAGCAGUGUCACCGCGACGACGGUGGUGGUAUCGCCCGGUGGUGCACCGGCCACCACCACCACCACCACCGCCAGCACCGUCACUGGCAAGAGCUACCACCAUCAGCACCAGCCGGACGGUACCGAUCACGAUGUACAAAUACUGCGCAAGGAGCGCGACCGUCUGCUGGACAAGCUGUCCGAGUACGAGGCGGAAAAGCUGGCCGGCUGCAUCCAGAUGGCCAAGAUGCAGGCCGAGCUGGACAAGCUGACGGUGGCGCGCGACCCGCACCACCAGCAACUGGCGGUGGUGGCCAACAGUCAGAAGCAAGAGCUGAGCAGCAAACUACAUGAUCUCCAUCUGCAAACUGUAAAUAGAAGUGCGUCUAGUUCACCCGAGACUAUUAAACAGCCGGCAACCGUAUCGCAACAGCAGCAAACGUCACCGCAGCUACUUAAGACGAUGGCGCGGUACCGCAAGCCGUCGGACGAGCCGGCGGACCCGCUGGCGGGCGGUGACCCGGUGCUGCCGGGCGACGACCACCACCUCGGCACGGAGGUGGACACGCGUGCGGUCGGCUGGCUGGACGGGUUUCUCGGGCUGCCGUGGGUGCCGCGGGUCCGCUCGCUCGACUCGAAGAAGAUCGCCGCCAUCCUGCUCGAGACGAAUGUGGUCGGGCUGCAGCGGCAUCUGCUGACGAUGACCGUACAGAAUCAGAUAUUACAGCAACGGUUGGAUCAGGCGACCCGGUCGCGCAUUACCCUAAAGGAGCGGCUCGAAAAGUCGAAGGAAGACGUAGACGAUCUACGGUUUCAGCUGAAGGAGAAAUCGAUCGAACUCGAAGGUACCAAGGCGCAGCUGCGUGUGAUCGAGUCGAAGGCGACGAGCAAAUCGGUGCCGUCGUCGACCGUCGGCAGCCCGGAGCGGACCGCCGCCUCCGUGUCGUCGUCCUCGCCGCCGCCGCCCACCUCGCCGAUGCUGUCCGCGUCGCACACGCACCCGCAGCUUCACCAUCACCACCCGCACCACCAUCACCACCAUCACCAUCAUCCCCACAUGCUGCUGGGGCUGCGGGGCGAGAGCGGGCCGCGCCUGCUGCAAUCGUCCUCCCAGGUGUCGACGCCCUCCAUGAAGGCGAUGACGCCGGUCGCGAUGGAUGACAUCGUUGGGCAGCAGCAGCAGCACAACAGCAGCACCGAGUCGACCCAGGAUCAGCCCGACCGGGACGGCAGCAUAGACCGGGCGGCGGGUGGUCGCCUCUUGCUACAUCAAACUCCUCCCCAGCAGCAGCAGCAGCAGCAACCACCGGAGACGCCCCGUCGCCGACCGUCAAAGAUACCGCUGCCCGGGACGAAGGGUUCGGCCGCACCGAAACCCCCGACCGGGCGCAACUUUUCCGCCACACCUACCCCGACCACGCCGACCGCACCGGUCCAGCGUCCGCUCGGCGGUGGCUCGUCCGGACCGCCGUCGAACCGUAGCCUCACCAAGAGCACCGGCAGCCUGUACGUGAAGUCAACCGACACGGCCAGCUCGUUCGGCCAGCAGCAGCAUCAGCACCACCACCACCAUCACCAGCAGCAGCAGCAGCAACCGCCGCAACCGAUGGCCCGGACGCGCGACACGACCAGCACGAGCAGCGGCAGCCUGUACCGGGCCGACUCGGCGCUCAGCUGGCGCACCAGCAAGGACACGCCGUCGCUGGAGAAGUCGCGCUCCUCCUCGAUACCGGUGUCGGCCGCCGGCAGCAAGGGCACCGCUAGCGGCAGCAGCAGCAGCGGCUCGGCGCCACCGUCCUCGCCCGCCGCCAGCACGCGCACGUCGAUGGGGAUGCCGCCGCCGCCGCCGAUCCCGCCGUACGGGAUCGUGUGCUCCUCGCCGCAGCCGCGCGCCAAGCGCGACAAUCUCACCAGCAAGGUGAAGAACUGUGAUUCGCUGUCCCGGUUGCAGUCGGCCCAGGUGUCCACGUACGGGGUGCUCGCGACCGGCACCAGCAGCAGCACCACGGGCGGGCAGCAGCUGAGCAAGUCCGGCUCCCGCAAGGAGCUUAGCGCCGCCAGCCCGGGCAGCGGGCCCCCCGAGCGCAAGGGAAGCACGGCGGGCGGCGCUGUCGGCGGUGGCAGCACCGUCCUGCGCCACGCCUCGACCGCCUCGAUCGGGUCGACCGGCCAGUCGGACGAUUCGGCCUCGGUAACGGCGUCCACCAGCACCACCACUACCGCCACCACCGGCAGCAGCAACGUGAAGGCGCGAAGAAACAACACAUUCCGUUUGGCGAAACCAACACUAACGCCGCUAGCAGUACCGGAUCAUGCAACCCCCGCCAUCAUCACCACCGCCUCCACCACCACCAGCAGCAGCAGCAGCAGCAGCAGUGUGGGUAUCCGGUCGCCUCCACCGCCCCUGCCGGGGAUUGCCCGCUCGCCGGACAUGUACGCGUCCUCGCUGCGGGCCAUCGGGCGGGUACGAUCGCGCACGGCCACCGGCAGCGCGACCGCACCGAAGACCCCGACCACGCCCACCGCCGACACUCCCGCCGCCACGGUGCGGGCCGCCUGCUCCACCUCGGCCCUGUCGGAGCCGCGCCGGGACCUGAUCGGCGAGUACCUGGCGGCCAAGAACCGCCAGUCGGCCAUACCGCCGCCCAUCUUUCACGUCCGCCCGCUCGCACUGCAGGGCGAGCAGCGGCCGCAGCAGCAGCAGCAGCGCCAGAUCGACGAGCUGGCGUACAAGCAUCCCCUCCUGCUGAUGGACACCUCGGACGAGGAGGACGACCAGGAGCAGAAUGCGGGACAGGAGUCGCUGAUAGUGCCAAGCCCGAAGCUGGUCGCGUUUCAGUCGCCCGGCAGACAGGGCGAGCCGGGGCCGGACGGUUGCCGGCUGGUGGGCAGGGUGAACCCGAACAUACUGAAAACCUGGGAGCAGCUGGUGGCGGGCGGCAUCGGUAGCAGUGCAGCCUGUGCGCACCAGCAGCAGCGGGAGGAAGCGUCACCACGGUACCACCCACCCGCCCCACAGCACACCGGCGAGGAGUGUCUGGUGCUCAGUAGCGGCGGCUCGGACGAGGCGGCCAGCGAGCCGGACGAACGCCAGAGCUGCCUGCUGUACUGUCCCCAGCGGCCACCGCACGGCGAGGAGGAGCUGGUCGAGUUCAAGGUGAACCGGUUGCGGCACGCUGGGCAGGAUGAUGGGACGGACGGUCACCGCGGCGAGGGAGCGCCGCUGUCCGUGACGACCACCGCGACGACCGCCCGCAACUCGUCCGACGGCGGGGUCGACUUCUACGACAGCAUCGACGCGGUCAGCACGUGCGUCCGGCCGGGCACGACCACCGCCCCGCGGGACGAACCGACGGUCGGCAGCUACGGGGAGGAGGAGGCGACCGAUGCGGGCGAAGCGCUCGCCGAGCUAACCUCACUCGACCGCAAGCGGCUGCUCUGGUCGAUCGCGAUCGAGUAGAAAGGGUUGCGGUUUGGCGGAGCUCCCGGCGUCGCUCUCGCGUGUAAAUCGCGCUGUAAAUCAGUAUUGUAUCUCUCUGUCUCCCUCUCUCUCUUUGAUCGCUCGAGUUGCGUCGAGAGCACACAAGCACACAAACACAUGAUUUCCUAGGCUUUAGAUUCCUAAGUUGAGAGGGGUUGGCGUGUGUGCAGUCGAUGUGUGUGUCUUCCUAGUGGUUCCUGGGCUUUCGUGCUGCUCUGCGCACGAUCUAGUCAGCUCGCUAUAAUUGUACACACACACACACGCACUCAUAAUACCUUCACUGCGGUGUGUACACGAAACGAGGCAAAGCGGAGGACAUUGUGCUUCAAACGGAGAGCAGACGACGAACCCUUCAACGUGUGGCAGCAACAAAAAAACGGGGCCUCGCCUACCGACAGACAAUCAAAAAUACAUUCCACCAGGAACCAGGAGGUCGGGGGCGGUGGGCGGUAAAAUGGGUCACUUUUCCGUUGCUCACUUUUGCUGUGUUGAUCGUGAAAGAAUUCAGAAAUUCACGCGUGGUUUGCACUCGUUGGGUAAAGUAGCUUCUAAUUUCGAUUUAAAAAAAAGCUAGCAACAAAAAAACACACACACACAUGGGGUUGUCCUCCCAGAAUAUGAUGGCGGUUUUUAAUACGCCUUCGAUGACGUCACAUUCCAAGGGACGCAAUGCUCGGCUCACUUCACCUCACAAUAUGUGCAUCAGGGUUCGGUCUUGUCUUUUUUUUUUGCUGUCCUGAAAAAAUGGAGACAAUAUACACACCUUCAGGGGGAACACACACACACACAUACACCCAUAGGAAAAUGGAAAAUAGGCAUAAAAACCACACGCCAGGGUUAUGAUAUUAAAAAGGGUAGGACCUAUCCUACCGGCAAUCUAACGGGUAGAGCGAUAGAGAUAAAAAGAGAGAGAGAGAGAGAGAGAGAGAAGAAAAAAGAGCAGAAAAUAGGAAGAAAAACGGUGGAAAUUGGAAACAAAUGUGAAAUGAAGUAUUAUGCUUAAGAGAUAGUUUCGUUCGGCUUGCACACUAGAGCAUCUGUUAGUUUUAAUGCGUCAUUUUUGUUUUGGUUUUGUUUAUUUUUGGCUUUUUCCUUCUUUUUCUUUUAUUCUGCCUUCUUAUUUUUGCGUAUUAUAGUUUUUCUUCUUUUUUACAUUUCCUCCUGGUUUGCUUGAUGUGUUUGUUUCCCUUCCCCCAUCCACUCACUCACUUUAUUUUCCAUCCUUUUUACAUCCUUCCACCGGAAACAACAGCGCUCUUUUGGCUGUUAUUCAUUUCGCUCUGCAAACCGGAGCGGACGGGUAAAGCGAGGGAGAGCACCGACAAACACGUGGCGUUGGCCGCUCAGUGGUGAAGGGUUUGUUCGCUUUCCUUGUUUAAUUUGUUUACAAAAACACACACAGUGCAAGGCACGGUCGACCGCAUUCGCAAACCACCACGGGUGGCAACAGUUAGGCGAGCAGGAGCGAAUGGUGACUGACGCGGGGAAGCAAAAGGGGUGGUGCGGGAGGCGGUGGGGCGAGUUUAAAACAAUGAUACAAAACAAAAAGCAAUGCAAACCCCCAGCAAAAAGCGAAAAAUCUCUAGCGGUUGCUUUCGAGAAGAAAAAGCAUAAAAAAGAAUACACACACACACACACAUACACGAUAAACAAAAUAUCAAAAUAAUAGGGAAUAUAAUGGGUGUAAGUAAAAACGUGUGAAAUGAAUUCAGAAAACAAACAAAAAAAGAAAAGUAAAGUAAAUGAAGCCAAGAAAGAUGAAAAACCCGAGGGAAAGAAAGAAAAGGGGGGGAGGGGGGAAACAGCACGUGAUAUAGCAAGCAAAAAAACGGUUACGAACGCAGGCGGGUCUAAAAACGCGGGAUGAUUGAAAUGAUUACUUUUAUACACACACAAACACACAAACACACACAUACAAGUGGUUUCCGUGAUGUAAAUAGAUUUACCGCAAAAACACAAAAACAAAAACGAAAAAAAAAAACAGCAACGCCCUAACCUCUCUUCCUUAGCGCGGGCAAUCGGGCGCGAAAUGGCGGGCAAACAAAAUGGCGGCGAAUGUGUAACUAAACUAUAGCAAUCCCAGAUAUACGUGAUGCGCGAUUUCGUCCGAAUUCAAACGGAAAUGAUUGAACACUAUACAUAUACAUAUGCAUAAAGAUAGGCAAGCUCCCUCCUGGCAGUGUGGUGGGUGCGUUAGGUGGAAGAAGUCAUGUUAAACCGGCUGCGCAGGGGAGCGCAGUUCAAGUUUGUUUUGUUGUGUUUUUUUUUUUAAUAUUAGUAGAACAUCAUCAACAACGGCAACAAAAAACUCAUUAGAGGGAACGAAUCACACGAAGACAUUAUUUAACCAAGAAACUAGGGCAGGGGUUCGAAGGGUGUGUAAAUGCUGCAAGCAGAAGGCGAAACGAAAUUGUUGCAAAACGAAAGGGGGCAACUGAAAUUGAGGCUUGAGCGAGAGGAGAGCGAAACGCAGGGAGUAACUUGUAGUGCAACUACCCUUACUACCUACUACCUACUACUAC